AGAUCCUUGCUUCCUCAGAAGGAAAGCAGGAGCACUGGGCUAAUAGCCUGGUCGAGACGCGACAUUGUAUGGACUUGUCCUACGCCCCAUGAUGGCAUCCGACUGGGGUGACUGGAGCAAUGCAUAUGCUGCAUAUGCUCAAUGGCGGCCACAGCCGCAGGUGGUCAGGCCGCCAUCCAAGAUGCUGCCCUUUCCCAGGGCUGGGCCACCUGUCGAGGUCAAGGUGCCGCCUACAAAGCGCCCGCGGUAUGAGCCCAGCCAAGCCCAAGGUGUGGCCGCGUGGCAAGCGGCCUAUGCCAGCUCUUUGGAGGCACAGGCCAAAGCAUAUGCAGCAAUGUCGGGUUUGGCAUUCCCUGCGCCAAAGUCUGCCGCGACAGAGAAUGCCUUAGUGGAAAUGGCGGAGCAGUUUGUGGCCGGCGCGGCUCAGACGCCGCCAGGUCGGCCAGCCGCCAAGGAGCAGGCCACCUUCGGUGCGCCGAAGGCCCAGGCCCAGGCCGCCCAGGCCGACGUCAAGGCCAGCGCUUCCUCUGCGGCCAAGGGCCAGGCCAAGGCCAAGGGACUGGCGAAGGCCAAGGGCGUGCGCCCAGAGGAGUUUCUGCACUCCAAAGGCCCUCCACCCAGACGGCCCAAAGCUGCGCCAGAGUCGAGACAGAGCGAAGUGGAGAAGCGGAAACGUCCGUCAACGCCCAGCGGAAGCAAAGGACCUCCGCCAACCUUCAGUGUCGGUGACCUUGUGCGCUAUUGGAGCGGCUCCAAAGGCAAAUGGAUCAACACUUCCAUCAAGGCAGUGCACAAAGAUAGCUCCGGGCAAGUUCGUGCCUAUGAUUGCUCAGGCAAGCUGGGGGCCGCUGUGAACAAGGUGCGGGCGCGGAAGAGCGCACCAGCGGCCGCGCCCGCGGCCCCCGACGCGAAUGACGCGAAUGACGCGAAUGGGUCGGGAUCAAAGAAGCUCCAGGCCGAAGCCACGAGCCGGCGGAAACUAGGAUUGAAGCAAAGCAAGAAGAUGCAGCCAAAGGCUCUGAAGGAGCUGCAUGUCUUCCAGGUGCACGAGCGAGCGUGGUACUGGAGCAGCCAGCAAAAGAAGUGGCUGCAUACCAGGAUCCAGGGUGUCAACCUGGGCCCCGACGGCGAGAUCGUGUCAUACGACUGCUCCGGGAAGCCCAAGGCAGCCCCACACAAGCUACGCCCGCGUGUGGCAAAGACAGAAGAAGCAAAGGCGGCAGCCGAAGAGCCGAAAGCCCCAGCCGAGUCCACUCCUGCCGUGACCAAAACGGACUCGGCCAAAGUCAAGGAAUCGGCGAUGUACCAAGUGGGCCAGAAGGUGCUCUAUCUCAGUGGGCAGCUGAAAAAGUACGUCUUCGCGGACGUGGUGAAGGUGCUGCGGAGCAAAAGUGGUAAGCGCUACUACGACCUGUCCAUUAAGAAGUCAGUGCCUGAAGCAAGGCUCCGGCCGGUGCAGGCGGGGGCACGGAAGGACAGCGAGCCGGAGGCGGAAGGAGCGGCGGAGACAAAGGACGUUGCCAAGACGCAUGAAUCUCCGAGAAAGAGGUGGAGUCCCUCGCAGGUGCCGAAGGUGCCACCUCCGCCCCCGAGCGAUAUGGCCCUGGGUUCCGACGGCCCGCCGGGGCCGCCCAGCCCUUGAAGGAAGCUUCGAGCUGAGCGCGCGCGCCGGAGUCUCACCGAAGGCAGCGCACGUUGGCUUUUGG